CAAUUAUGCAUGUUUUGUUCAUUUCAGUCCAUACAAUGGAGGAACUGAAGCUCACUGGAAAUCAUUUAAAAGGUUCCCGACCCAUUUUGACUUUUUCUGGCAAUUUUGAAAAGGAUGCUCACUGGAAGCUUAUGAAGGAGAUGAUCAUGCAGAUAUUUGGAACUCCAAAGGAGCAUAGGAAAUCUAAGCCUUACUAUGAUCAUGUCUUUGUUUUUUCCAUUGUUGAUGACCACAUAUGGUUCCGCAAUUACCAGAUAACUGUCCCUCAUAAUGAAUCCGAUAAAGUGGUUCGAGGAGGCCUAGAUAAAAUGACACUUGUUGAGGUUGGUCCAAGAUUUUGUUUGAAUCCAAUCAAGGUCUUUGGUGGCAGCUUUGGUGGUCCAACACUGUAUGAAAAUCCUUUCUACGUUUCACCGAACCAGAUCCGAGCACUGGAGAAAAAACAGAAGGCUGGGAAGUAUGCUAAGAAAGUCAAAGCCAAGACAAGGCGGAAAAUGCAUGAGCUAUCAAAUCCAUUGGAGCCUGAUGAGUUUGCAGAUAUGUGGAAGUAGUGACAUUCACCAAGUUUCGUCACUUAACAAUCAUAAAUUCAAAAUUUGCUAGAAAAUCUUUGUUGUAUCCUGCUUUUGAAGAUUCGACUCAUCCUUUAUUCUUUUUCCAAUUUUGAUCUUUGUCUGCUGAGACAAUUAUUACCGUUUAUUCCUAGAUUAUUAACAUUAUAUAUUAAAUCAAAGAUGUGUUAUAGA